UACUGAAAGCCUACUUCAGAGAUGUGCUGUGAGGAUACUCGUUCUUCUGUCUUUGUGACGACCGCUGUGAGUUUGGGACAUUUCUGAAAGUGAGGACUUUGUUUUUUUCCCUCCCAGCCAGUGAGGACCGUUUGGAGCAACAGAUCCUGCAUCCACCAAUCAGAAAGCAGCACCGGACUCUGCCUUGAUGGAGGUAAAGCUGAUUGGAGAGGUGACAGAACAAAGGAAAAUGUCCAGAUGACGAUGGCUGACACAGUCCCGCUAUGCUGACAUAACUGGUCGAUUGACAGCUCAAGAACACCUCCUUACUCCUGCUUGCCAAACACCCAUCGUCCAGCAAUGAUUGUUAGGAGGAACACUUGUGUUGCCAUAGUGAUUGCUGCCAUCCUCUUCCUCAUGAUUGCCAGCCAGAGGAUUCAGAGGAGGUAUUUCCUGUCACAGUCCGGAGCCCCGCUCAGUGUCCAGAACACACCCACUGGCAGGAUGACAGCAGAUGAAUUCACAGGCCCACUUUCAGGUCAGGCUCCUCCUAACCAGACACCUGAACUGAUUCCCCCGCAUCUCAUCAAGCCCGAAGAGAGGGAGGAGGACACGGAGGAGGAAGACCUGGCAGUGGAGGACGGGGAGGAGGAGGAGGAGAAAGAAGAGGUGGUGGUGGAGGAAGAGCAGCCUGUAAAGAACCUUAAGGUGUGUGGUUGUUCUGAUAGCUGUAUUUCAGGCCUGAAUCGGUCAGAAUGGUUCAAACAGCGCUACAACGAUGCACAGCAGCCCAUCCUCCGAGACACUGGCAACAAUUUUGACCCUGAUGCACUCAGUUGGUGGCUGAGUCUUCAGCGGUCCCGAAAUGACCAGACUUUAGAGAACGUGAUGUCAAAGAUGUUCCAGGUCAUAGCCCCGCCCACUGUUGACUUUAAGCCCCUGCCCUCACGUUGCCGUAGUUGCGCAGUGGUUGGCAACUCUGGCAACUUGCGGCAUUCUGGACACGGCAAACUCAUCGACUCUCAUGGCUUUGUGUUCAGGAUGAACAAAGCGGUGACCAAAGGGUUUGAGGAAGAUGUUGGGAAUCGGACGACACAUCACUUCCUGUACCCAGAGAGCGCUGUGGACAUUGCUCAUGGCAUCAGCCUCGUCCUGCUGCCAUUCAAACUGAGAGACCUGGAGUGGCUGACCAGUGCGCUGUCCACCGGAGACAUCAAAAUGACCUACAUGAGGGUUAAAGAGAGAGUGCAGGCUGAUAAAGACAAGGUUCUGGUGGUGAGCCCAACAUUCUUUAAGUAUGUUCAUGAUCGUUGGACCGAGAAGCACGGUCGCUAUCCGUCCACCGGCAUGCUGGCCAUCAUCUUCUCCCUGCAUGCCUGCGACCAGGUGUCAGUGUUCGGUUAUGGUGCAGACAAGCAGGGGAACUGGCAUCACUACUGGGAGGAGAAUCAGUUUGCCGGAGCCUUCAAGAAGACCGGCGUCCACAGUGCGGAUUUUGAGAGGCAGCUCAUCCAAAAGCUUGCCAGUGAAGGCAAAAUCACUCUACACCUGUGACACAACAUCCGUGCAGACAGCGAGACACCAGCUACCGAUGGUUUAACAGACUGGCACAUAAAUUCGGCUGUCCUCCGGCACUCGUCUGCCAAAUCUGAGCCAGCUUUAGACCGUACGCGUGUUGUUUUGGAGACUCUGCACUUUUUCUGUCGUUCACCACACCUGCCUUGACUCAGACAGCUGUGAGACUUAUCAGAGGCGCAGGUAUCCUCCCUGUGCCAGCUUUUGCCAAUUUAAGUAAAUUCCAGCUCAACUCAAAAAGAUCGGUCUGUUUUUCUGGACCCAAAACCGACUUUCCUGCCACAUCCGACUGCUGGGAUCAACCACAAGGACCUUUGCUCUGGGCGGGAAAAAAACCACAGACUUUUUAUUUUAUUUUUAUCUUUGUUUUUUAUUAGAUUUUGUAGGCAUACAGGGAUAACCUCUUUUUUUUUUUCUUUAAUAAAAGCACUUUGUCUUUAAGAAGAAGCGGUGGGAAGAGGCCACGUCGCUGCUUCGCUGUCCAACCACCUUCUAAGAUUUCUUUCGUUUUAUAUCGUUUAUAAUCCAUCCAUUUAUUUUAUCUUGAUGUUGACACAAACCUUCCUGAUCUAGAUCAUGACAGACUUUUAAGUAUUGUUACAUCCGCCUUUUCAGAACUAAACCAAUGAUACUUCCUGUCUCGACCGUAUUCGGAUCUUCAGUGUGAGAGCCUGCGUUCGGUUCUCAGCCUGUGUGAUUCAGCGGUCUGCAGGUUUCCACCUGAUUUAAUCCAAAAUGGGAAUGAAUUAUUUGUUUUAAAGGAAUCAUGAUUCAGUUUGGUUUUCAUGGAAGGCAGCAGUAAAGUCAGGAGAACCAAUGCUUCUGUUCCAAGUUGAUGCCAAAAUGCAGUGGUACUUGAUUUAAGUACAGAAGCUACCACAGAUAAGUGAGAUGGUAUAUCUCUGUUGUGUUGGUUGGUGUUGCUCCUACAUCAUGUUAAUGUUACUUUGCCACAUGAUUGGCCAGUUGCAAUUACAGAGUUGCAGCUUUGCAGCGGGAGAGGACGCAGUGAGGACAAAGUCCACUUAAACAUGAGUUUGUGAUGGAUGAAAGAAUCAAAUAACAGUUCUUUCAUCCAUGAGAGUUUGGUUCAUGAAUGAAUCCCAAAGUGUGACUUAUAAUUUUAUACUUAUAAUUUGGUUUGGUUAAUUAUAGUUUGGUUAAAAUACACCCUGUCACCAAGCUUUAUUUUUUUGGCUUGGCUUGGCUUUCAGGUAGAAAGCCAUAAAGGCAGGCUUCUCACAUGCGUGAAUUGAUACAAUGAUGAUGCAGGAAAACCAGAAACAUGGAGAUAGUGGAAAAGACAAGAGCCUCCCUGGUACAUCGGUGAGCUGAUAUUGGCCUAUCAGCUCCCUGGUACAUCGGUGAGCUGAUAUUGGCCUAUCAGAUAAUAUCACUUUUGGUGCAUGUGGCAGAAAUGUUGCAUAAAGUGCUUUCAGUGCUCAGGUAGAAUAGAGAAGUGCCAGUCCAUUUACCAAAUGCACCCAUAUGAAAACUUUUCUUUUUUUUUAAGGGCAUAAAGCUUGGAGUAAUUUCAGCAGCUCAAAGACAAACAUUGGGAUGUCUGCACAGAAUGAACGGCGAGAGUGAAAACCUUCAGCAGCAAUACGCUCUAAGUAACGUUCCCAAAGGUUAAUGUUUGCUUGUUUAGUCUAACAUAGCUUGUAACUUGAGCUAGGUACUCCUCAUGAUGUUUUAUCAUUAAACUCCUGCACCUUCUUAUUUUGGUUUGGCACUAAGAAGCAUCGGUGCCAAACGUCUGGUAUCGUGACAUCCUCACUCAGUUAAGCUGCAGACUGUUGAACUUCAUGGGCACUUCAUGCCUUUCAAUUCGUAAACAAAUCUCAGCAAAUUAAACUGAACUUGAAGUCCAACCAAAAAUAACCAUUUAAACGGAGACGUGACAGCAUGGAGAAGGCUGUUGCAUCUGUACUGUGAAUGUACAAAAGUGGUUACAGGUUGUCAGUAACAGCCAUCUCAGUGUUAGUUUUUUUUUAUAUGAUCAGAUUCAGAACAUUUUCACACCGACUUUUUUUAGUCUGAACAUGAGAGCUGUGCUCCCUGAUGCCGCUCAUUGGUUGGUGAAACUCCAUUUUUUCUUCUCUUUUGGAGGAAAGAGUGCUAUAUUAUCAGCUGAUGCUUGCACAAUUGUACAAUUAAUGGCACAUCGGGCCAUAUGCUACAGCUGCCUCCGGGGCGAGGGGAGUAUCUAGAGAGCAAAACAUUUUUUGUAUCCGGCUGUAAACAUGUCGGGAAAAGUUGGGAAUUUUAACCUGCGAGUCUCUGGGGAUUGAUUAACUUUUAAAGUCAGCCUCAAGUGGCCUUCAGAGGAACUGCAGUUUUUAGCAUUCGUUCUUAGAAGCUUGUUUACACCCUGGUACAAAAACUGUUUUGUUUUUCUCUGUAUUAAUAGUAGUAUUAUGAGGAGUUUCUGAAUUGAUAAGUGGGUUUUUACACCUCAACCUAAAAAGGCUGAUGGGGUAAGAACCCUGUCAGGGUGAAUCUUGGCAACCUUGACCUCAAGGUCAGAGGUCAAGUUUUUCUGAAAAUCUUGUGAAUGCGAUAACUCGAGAACGAUGUCACCUAGGAUGUUCAAAUUGAUACCAUAGAUGAAUCUACUAAAAAUCUAGAUGACUGAGUUCUUACCAUAAUAACGCAAAUCACAGAAAGUGACAGUGGUUUCCCAGUGGUUUACAUUAUAAUUUUAGCAUUUCUUAUUUCUGGUUCUUACUUAGCUAUUUGCAACUGACUGAGGCUCUCAUGCAUCACAUUAAGCUCUACUGAGUCCUGUAAUUAUGUGGGAUUCGUGCCACCUGAAGAUAAUGCUGCCAGGAGGCCGAAGUGGAGCACUGGUGGCUGACAAUUUUUUUUUUUUGUAUUUUCUAAAGGCUUGAAAGGAGCACGGCCGCUUUGAUUGACAUGUGUGCCAACACGGGCAGCUGUAGCAGAUAGCCCUGCUCGCCUCACCACUAAUUCGAGCCACUGAACUCAACUUUACCAUGUUUAUGGUGUUCUUGUGGAAGGAAGUCUGUUACAUUACUUUGCACUAAUUAGCAAAUAUGUGCAAUGCAGACAGUUUAUGAGUACAGCUUCUUAAUCAAGUUUGUUAGUAUUGGCUGAUAACUCAGCAAUCCAUCAUCCUCACGGUCACAGCUGGUUUCAACAAACAAAAUGGUGGCACGAUGGCUCACCAGUGGGUGACGCCACAGAGGCUACCUCUAUGAUGUCACCCAGGAUGGAGGAGAGAAUACCAUAGUCAUAGUUUUGGGGCUAUAAUACAGAUACUUCAUUCUGGGCUUAAGGCCAAUGAAAACCAGAGGUUACAUUUUUUUUUUUUACAUUUUUUUUAAAGUGGACUAUUUAAUAUUGUCACAAAGAAUCUGUCAUUUGUCCCUGAGCUGUCCCCUAGUGACUGUUGUUUUUAUUACACACACAGUAGACGUUCAUGAACAGAAUUGUUUGCAUAGCUGAUGUGUGCUUUUAGAAAAGCACACAUCAGUGAUAGGAAACGUGCUUAUCAAAACAGCCAAACAGAAAGGUUAGCGUGCUAACAGACUCCAUUAUAACGUGGACAUGUCCAUGUUGACUCGAGUAGGUGUUCCGGUAGGCUGUGUACAUAUUUGAACAUGCCUGUGUGAAACUGCCCUGAAGAGCUCAGUCUGCUUCAACAUGUUGUCCAUCACCUCUUUGCAUUCUCAAAACCGUGAGGAUAAUGGAGCUCAGUCCUUCUCGUUUAAAGUGUGAACAGUGACAGACAGAGGAAUUCAGGCCUGAUAUCACUGUGCAAAAUUGAUGGGAUUUUUCUCAAGUGUUAUUUGCUAGAAGGCACAAAAGAAAUUCUCAGAUUCUGCUGACAGAGGAGGGGAGAAAAGCACUUUGAAGCAGACUGAGGACUUCUGAAGUAAUCAAAAAUGCUGCAUUAUCAUUUGCAGGAUGUUGCUGUGUCACUGGUGUUUGCGUGGCUGCAGUUUUGAGUAGUUUGAGUUUCACCUUAUUUAUCUGGAAUGAGUCAGUCUCAUAAAUCCAACUGCUGGAUCGCCAGAAGCCUUAAUUUUAAUAUGAAACAUAUGAAGCUGCUCGCUGUAAAUUCACUGCUGAGAUUUAACACUUUGUUGCCUUGUUCAGGAAAACAACUUCCUGCCAGUUACCUGGGGAAAUUACUCAGGUAACACGAUGAGGAAUGCUUUAAUUUGCCAUAAAAUGACAGCGCUGCAGCCCUUCUGGAUUGUUGUAAAUAGGUUUAUUUCCUCACAUUUAACAGAGGAGUUUGUUGUUACUUCAAAUCCAAAGUUGUGCUCAUCAGACUUAAAAUAGAGAUUUUAUUUCCAUUGCGGAUGCAGAUAAAAAUCAACCAAGUCAGCUGCUCGCAAUUCCGUUAUAAACGUCUGUAUGUGAGCUGUACAUUUGGUACAAAGUGACAACUGGUGACCAAACGACAUGUACGUACGAAGCACCUUUUAGCUUUAAUUGAUCCUGACAUGUAAGUUUGAUUUAACAACUUGCUGAUCAUCAGUUCAUUUAGAGAUGCCAAACAAACAAGAGCAGUGAGACAACAGGGAAAGAUCAGGAACCCACCACUGUCACUCUGAAUGAAAUAAAAUAAAUAUUAAACACAA